CGGAGACUCCAUAUCGGAUUCACCAGGAGGAGGACCGUCCCGUACUCACUCCACAGACCGCCGUGAAAACCAACGUUACACCUAUACCAACUGAAUAUUAUCUCCCAAUUCUUUACGCAUUCCUUACAAUGUGAAGAAAAUGGCCGGGACAAGCUCUGAUUGGGUGGAGAUCCUGGAACCACGCUCCCGUGAGCGAAUGUAUGUGAAUUUGACCACUGGCGAGUGCGGCUGGGAUCCCCCUUCAGGCGUUCCUGUCCGCCAGGCAGACGGUAACCAGUGGUGGGAGCUUUUUGACCCCCACAGUGGCCGCUUCUACUACUACAACUCCACAGGGCGGCGCACAGUCUGGCAUCGGCCCCAAGGAGCCGAUAUUGUUCCUCUAUCCCAGCUCCAGGCCAUGAAGCGAUGCAGUGAGGCCAAACGGGCCGGAGGAGGUGUGGACAGGCACCAUCAUGGAACGACAGGGAGUAUCAGCAGUGUAGGGAGCCAGGGGCCUUGCACCCCUCAGCCUGAACAGGACGGAGACAUCCCCUUCCCCAGACCUUUGGAGACCAAUGAAGAGGCUGCUGAUGCCAAGCUGGAUCCUUCAGUGGACAGCAGAGUGCAGGGAGAUGGAAGCAGCAGUGAAUACAGCUCAGAGGGCAGUAAAGAUCCACAGAGGGAUGCUUCUCAAAGAUGGCAGCCUGUGCCUGGUUCUAAGGCAGCCAUGUUGGUGAAGGUGAACAGCAUGAGCCGUGCCCAGCCUGGCUCAACCUUGCAGCAGCAGCAGCAGCAGUACCCCCAGCACAGUGCACAGGGAAAAGCCAACACCUUCACCAUGUACCCCUCUGGCAACAAGGCCCAAGGAGGACAAAUAAGUUCUACUCAGGGAUAUAAAACCGCACCAUCUGGGAAAAUGUCAGCUGACACACGUCAAGCCCAUCACCUGAGAAAAGCCAGCAAUGGUAGCUUCUGUUUAGUGACAUCGGACAGUAACCAUCCCAGUCCGCUCCUGCACAGGUCACAGACCAGCACACCUCGCCCUGUUUCUCCACAGUACGGUUGCACUGUCCCUAUCUAUGACGAGCCAGUUUCAGAGUGUCCUAUAUAUGACGAACCCCCAAUAGACAUGGAGGUGGAGGGGGCACACCUGUACAACGGACAGCCUCUGUCUCGCCUGACACCCACUCACAGCCUUCAAAAGCCCAGACUCCUCCAGCAUCCUGGUCCAUCUCAUCCAGGGUCCAGACACAGGAGGAACCCCUCAGCCUCUGACUAUAGUCCAGCUGGUCUGGAGUGUAUUAAGCACAUGGUCAAUGUAGACCCUAAACAGGGGCUUCCAUCAGGAUCUCCAGUAUCCACACGUGCCCCUUCCCCUACCUCCAGGCAGGAUCCUAUCAUGGCCCAACCUCUGCCUCAUCCACAGCCCCAGGCCCACUCUUUGCCCCAGAUUCGAGGUCAAAUGAGGGACAGAGAGCCAGGUCCCCCUGGACCAAGCACACUGGACAAGAAGCAAAGCUGGCGGGUUCUUGAGGCGACUGUCCAGCGAGCCAUGGAGGCCCGGCACAGCAGGCAGAGCAGCCAGGCCUCACAGGACUUCCCUUCCUCAACCCCACAGGCUACAGCAAACUACCAAGACUCUGGUUACUCGACUGGCCCCUCGCCAAGCCUGAGAAGAAAGAGCAGGAGAAGGGUGGGAGCUGGUGGCGGUGCAGGUGGUAGGCCAGGAUCAGUAGGCAGCAGCGGGGAGCUGUGCGCCCUAAAUGAAAGACUGAUGGCUGAGAUGAGGGAGGUGGUGAGUCGCUCUAACACCAUGAGGGAGGUGAGAGCAGGGCUGGACCCAGAGAUGGGGGAGAGGGUCGCCAUCCCUCGGACGCGCUCCCCUGUGGACGCACUGAGAUGGUACGGAGGAGGAGGAGGGGGAGCUGGGUCAGCAGGCAGGUGUGCAUCACGAGAGGACAUCAGCGGAGCGUCUCGGUCACUGAGCAGGGCAGGUACCCAAAGCAACCCAGCCCUGACCCCUCUGGAGAUACCAGGCAGACAGAAAAGGACCUAUGAGAAGGUAGACACCUUGGAAAUGAGUGUAAAUAGCCAGGCCAGCCUGUCCUCACCAGAGACCCCAGGACCACCCUCACAGACAGGCACCCUAGAGCUGCAGGCCCAGCUGGAAAGCAGGAAGAAAGGCAUGGUCGAUGGUCGGACAGCUUCCCUGGGGCCGCACCGUUCUGCAAGCCAUGACAACAGAGAGGGAGGUGAUGGAGCAGGAGACAGAGCAAGAGGAUCCUCCUACCAGCUCUCCUAUGCCACUCUGCGGCAGCCCUCACCUCCUGCCAUGGGCAUGGAGGACUGGGCCAGCAAGCACCUCAACAUGCACACACAAGGCCUGUUCCGUCGCCGUGUUUCCAUCGCCAACAUGCUGUCCUGGAACCGCGGAUCCAUCAAAAAGCCUAUGCUCGUCACCAGCAACCGCGCCGUCAGAAAGGAGGCCUGUGAGAUGUUCAAGCUAGUGCAGGCCUACAUGGGAGACAGGCCUUCACGUCUGGACCGACGUCACUCUGCUCUGCUCAUUGUCACCAAGUGCUGGGACAUGCAGGGGCUGCGGGACGAGCUGUACAUACAGCUGGUUAGACAGACCACGGGUAAUGCCAGUCCUAGAAGCUUGGCGGCAGGAUGGGAGCUGAUGGCUGUCAGCUUGGCGUUCUUUGCUCCCUCACCUAAGUUUCGCUGCUACCUGGAGGGCUACAUCCAGAGACACACGGAGCCCACCAGCGACAAGAAACGUGAGUCUCAGACUGAGCAGCAGGUGACUCAGUUCAUACUGGAACAGCAGGAACUGAAGCUGAAGAAGAAUUCAAAGUCCAGAAAGAAGCGGAAACAAAAUACAGACGAGGAAGAGGGUCUACCUAUUAGCACUUAUGCCAAGUUCUGCCAUCGGAAACUGCAGAAGGUGGCAAUCACGGGGGGCAAAAAGGGUCUACGCAAGCCCACCUUGGAAGAAAUCGACCACAGUAGGCGGGCCAUCGUUACUCCCUCCCUGUUCGGCAGUUCCCUGGAAGAGGUGAUGGAGAGGCAGAGUGAGCUGUUCCCGGACAGGAAACUGCCUUGGGUGCAAGUUCAGCUCUCCCAGUAUGUUCUUGCUCUAGGUGGGGCUCAGACAGAGGGCAUCUUCAGAGUGCCAGGAGACAUUGAUGAAGUGAACGCACUGAAGCUCCAAGUCGACCAGUGGAGGAUCCCAGAGAAUCUCUCUGACCCCAACGUUCCUGCCUCUCUGAUGAAGCUCUGGUACCGGGAGCUGGAGGAACCUCUCAUACCGAUGCCCUUUUACAAGCAGUGUGUCAGUAACUGUGACGACCCAGUAGCGGCUAUUGCAGUCGUUCAGUCUCUGCCUGAUCUUAACAGGCUGGUGCUAUGCUACUUCAUCCACUUCCUGCAGGUAUUCGCUCAGCCAUCAAACGUGGCAAUUACCAAGAUGGAUGUGAACAACCUGGCCAUGGUGAUGGCCCCCAACUGCCUUAGGUGCCAAUCUGAUGAUCCACGGAUCAUCUUUGAGAACACACGCAAGGAGAUGUCAUUCCUGAGGAUGCUCAUUGUUCACCUGGACACCAGCUUCAUCGAAGGGGUUGUGUAGACAUUAUAGACCCCAGGGCUCACCCCUGGGUGCUGAAUCGGCCCUCAAGAUUCUCCAGUUUCACAUUUACAGUCAGGCAUUAACACUGCUUCUGUUCAGACCACACUGGAAACUCACGAGGUGAUAUGUAACACCUCUUACAACACAGAGAGUGAGAGCACAGCUUGGACUUUAGUCUCGUGUUUUUACAUGCUUUCAUACUGAGAGAUGAUACAAAACGCAAAGUUUCACUGUAACUUUUGAUACUGAAAUACAGUGGUUAAAGGUAUGGCUGAGUUUUCUAACUGCUGCAUGUAAAAACAGUUAAUUUUUCAUUUCUUACCAGAUGAGUAGUAUUAUAGUUGAAUUGGACAAAAGGCUGUUUCAACUGAGAGUCUCGAGAUAUUUACUUAUCAAGUAUUCACUGCACAUUUUAAGUAAAUCAGUAGUGUGUGAAGCUCUGCUUUUAAAUAUCUUUGGUUUCAUUCAAGAGUGUGUGCUGUGUGGGUGUGUGAUUGUUGGGUGUGAACGAAAAGACAGCCUUUAUCUAUAAUGUACAGAAAAGAUGAAAAGUAAGAAAAAGUUUAAGACUAUGUUUGAGACUUAAUGAAAACUUUUGUAUUUGUGUUCCAUUAAUAAGCUUGCCUGUGCUGUUUUCAGUAGUUGUAUGUAUACUGGUUUCUAUGUAUUUAAUUUAACAACACGGUUAGCAUCACCAGCACAAUAUAUGAAAACAGAGCCAUCAUUUCAAAUGACAAGCUGAAAUGAAAAAGCUCCAAGUAACUGAUGGAGGCAUUUCAAAGAUAAUAAAAUCACAAGAAACACUCAAGUGAAGUUGUUUCAGUUUGUCACAGUGAAUUGGGAAGACAGCUAUUUAGCUGAUCACGCCGUCUCCCGUUAUUAUCAAUAACAAGUCUUUCCAUGGAGUAGUGUUCUCUUCUGUUGCGGUCUGUAUUUUCUCUGGCUCAGGUCUUCUGAUAAUAAACGGGUGUUGGAUGUGAUAACUGUACGUCAUCAAUCAACCACAGACCUGUGUACUGAAAAUGUCAGUGCACCUAUUUUGUCCUGUCUCAGGCUUUGCCCAUGUAAAUAAAUUCUAGAUGUAAAUAGUUUUAACUCCCCUUGAGUAUAUUCUAAUGGUCUGUGUUGAGGGUGACGGUAAAUGUUGCUGUAAAUAGCAAUAAAAAUGUGGUUCUUGUUUAUUUUUUUGUAAUUAACUGUUUAAUUCUCUGCUGUAACCGCCUGCCUUUUGGACAUAGGACUGAUUCAAACCACUUUCCAUGUGUGUAUAUGUGUGUCUGCAGACAUUCUUGUUAUAAUAUGGAAUGGCUGUCCAUAAAUAAAGGUUUGUUUAAUU